GUCAUAAAGCUUUCCAAAACAAUUCACAGUAUAAAGCGGCACAGUUAAAUGCUUCUUGCGACAGACACAAGUAACCAUGAUGACUAUCGGGUUAAUAAGCCUCAUUAGCCUCUGGCUCCACGCAGGAUGGGCUCUACAUGUUUAUCAGCCCUACCGGGUCGUAGGCAAAGGCAAGGAGGCAACUCUGCGCUGCUUCUACCAAACCAAGGACCAGCCAGAAGAGGUGCAGUUCACUCUGUACCGUGGAAUGGACAGGAAGCAGGAGGUGUGCUACUCAUCCUUCAACACCUCGCAGUCCCUCUUCGAGACCCACGGCCAGGUGCGGUGCAGGGGGCACAUCCAACCAGGCAGCGUGGACAUCACCAUCUCUGGCCUUGUUGGGCAUGACACCGACCUGUACCAGUGUGUAAUCGAGGUCCUGUACCCCCCUCCAUACCUGCUGGGACUUGGCAAUGGAACCUUGCUCUACAUACCAGAGGAGCUCGACUGUCCAGAACCUGCUGAGAAAUUCCUCGCUGACAGGCAAGAAACCUCCGAGGCGGCAUGUAUUCUACCUUGGGCUAUAUUUGCUUUCAUCAUAAUCAUCAUCAUCAUCAUCACCGCAGUUGGCUACAAAGUUCUGACCAUGAAGUACAGGAGGAGAGAAUUCAUCGGCAUCCCUCCUGUGCCUCCAAAGAAACUGGACUGCAAAAAUGGUUAUGAGAACUUCCUGUGAUGUUCCCCGCCGAGAAUUUAUUUUGUGGAAGAGCAUCAGAGGGCACAAUCCGACGACUUUCUCUAGUUAACAUUAUAUGUUACUUCAUGUAUCAGAUCUUGUUUACUUUACAAUGUGAAGUUAGAUGGCAUCGUGAAUGCAGCUAUACCAGUAAAUAACCUUUCAAAAGAAGAAACAUAACAUUGGUAAAGGGCUUUAUGACAUAUAAUAUAUGCAAGGAAUGUAUUUUUCACUGGGCAGCUGUAGUGAAAUCUCUCAUGUGAACACAUAGUGUCAGAACUAUUAUGCAUGAAUUUACCCACAAUAUUUUGUGGUUUCCUGAGUGCCACUAGAAAGGCGUAUUAUCUUACUCUGUCAUAUGGACUUCUUAUUGUUCUGUAUUCAUUUUCUUCUGCUGCACAUAAGAUCCGGAGACGUGUUGAACGUCUGUUCGUUUUCGGUCAUUGAGCGGUGACCUACCAGUGCCAGCAGGGGGCGGUACACCUGAGGGCUGCCUUCAGCAGCUUCCGCUAAGGGUGACGUGGUGAAGUUUCUGGGAGGGAAAAAAAAAAAACGUCCCACGUCAUGUUCGAUGAGGAAUGUAUGUGUUUUGUACAUGUCUUUUCUGUUGAGUAUGGGUUCAGUGUGACAGUGCUGUCUUCUUCUAUUUAAAAUAUCACAAUAAAACCAUAAC